AAACUAAACUCCACGUGUCACCGCCUCCCUCAACUUCCAUCCUCCUUUUAUUACUUCCCUCUCAUUCUCAAACCUGCAUUCCAAAUCACACAAAACCACCAUUAUUAUAAAUCAUCUCCACCUUGAGAACCUGAUAAUGGCACUAGAAUGGGUUAUUCUCGGCUACGCCGCCGCCGCAGAAGCCGUGAUGGUGCUCCUCCUCACCAUCCCCGGCCUCGACGGCCUCCGCAAAGGCCUCGUGGCCGUCACGCGGAACCUCCUCAAGCCAUUCCUCUCCGUCGUCCCCUUCUGUCUCUUCUUGCUCAUGGAUAUAUACUGGAAAUACGAGACGCGGCCGCACUGCGAGUCGCCUGGAUCGUGCACGCCAACGGAACAUUUGAGGCACCAGAAAUCGAUGUUUAAGAGCCAGCGGAACGCGUUGUUGAUCGCUUCGGCGUUGUUGUUUUAUUGGCUGUUGUUUACGGUGACGAGAUUGGUGGUGCAGAUUGAGCAGUUGAAUCAGCGUGUGGAGAAAUUGAAGAAUCAGGAUUGAUUUAGGUCUUUUCGUAUCCGUGUUUUCGAUAUUGCGGUUUUUGAUUUAUUAAUGUUUUAGGGUUGUAAUGAAAAUGAUGGAUUGUAGAAUUUUAUGUGUUUGAUUGAAUAGUAUGAUGUUCUGUUUGUUUUCUGAUU